AUGAUAACAGCCACACGACGCUGGCUUCGGCGGAAUCGCAAUGGAAUCGCCAUCGGUGCCGGUGUCGUUGGUGUCACCUAUCUGGCUGGCCAGUAUGUUCUUGGAAAGAUCAAAGAAGCCCGAGAGCGCAUGCAGAUGGACAGAAUAGCAAAAGAGAAUAUCCGGCGACGCUUUGAACAGAAUCAAACCGAUUGUACAAUUACCGUCCUCGCACUAUUGCCCACCCUAACCGAGAAUGUUAUUGAAGAAUUGCCUGUCGAGCAAUUGACCCAAGAAUUACAGCAGAAGAAGACGGAAAGGUUGGCACGUGCUUCAGGCGAAGGGAGGUCAGAAGCCUCAAGUAUGCAUGAUGGCGACACUGCAAGCCUGUCCAGCUUUCAGACAACCAGUUUCGCCCAUGCCAGCCAACUCACCGGACAACAUGACCAGCCUACACCCAGGAGGACAAAAGCACAACUCUGGACUGAAGUCAAGAUUACCUCGAUCACGAGAGCGUUUACCCUGAUUUACAGCUUGUCUCUUCUGAUCAUCCUUACUCGCAUUCAAUUGAACCUACUUGGCCGUCUCAACUAUUUAUCUUCUGUCAUAUCUCUGGCCCAGCCUCCUCCCGGACGAGUCAACUCGAUUUCUCUCGAAGAUCAUGAUAAUGGAGGUGCCGGCGCUGGUUUUGGAAAUGAUUUCGAAACCAAUCGGAGAUAUUUGACCUUCUCAUGGUAUCUUUUGCACAGAGGGUACGCACAGAUCAUGGUUAAAGUGCGCACGGCAGUGGAAGAUGUCUUUGCCACUAUCUCGCCCAGCGAGGGCAUUACCGCUGCAAGGCUGAGUGACUUGGUCCUCUCUGUGCGGAAGCAUGUGGAAGGCAACACUGAGGAGCAGAGAUAUGCUAUGAGGUGGCUGCCAUACGUCUUACCACCUCGAGAAGAGGAAGAAGCUGUGCUGGUCGAUUCCGGUGUCAUCACUCCACCACCCUCGUCUCCAGGUCACUCUAUCGGCGGUUUACCACCCCAAGGUGAGGGUUCUUAUGUGGAUACCUCAACUGGGCCGCUGCGCCAGUUACUCGACGAGACUGCUGAUCUGAUCGAUUCUCCAACCUUCACCAGGAUCCAUUCACUACUUCUGGGGUCCAUGUUUUCGCAUCUUAUUGACAGCCGUGUGAUCGCUAAAGCCUAUCCGGCUCAGCAACCGCAAUCACCUCCGUCUACACUCUCUAGCGGACAACAUCCUCGUAUUCAAGAACUUGAUUCAGCGGUGACGGUCGUUCCGGGAGAACCAAGAGUGAAACUGGCAAACCUUCUGGCCAUCAUCACCCGUCAAGCCCAUGCCAUCGGCAAUGGAAAUAACCUCCCCAAUGAGUACGUCUCCACAGCCGAGGCCGAAGUACGGGAGCUGGAAGCAUUUGCGGCUGUGAUAUACGCCAGUAACCUUGACCAGAACAUCGAGGAUCAUCAAUUACAUUCGGGCGAAAGCUCCCUCAAGACAUCGAGCGGCGUCGGUGUUAGUGAUGUAGGCACCGAAUCGGUCGACGAAAUGAUCGAGAGCAAGUUGGAGAGUGCAUGGACGAAGGUAUCAGCCUCAACAAUAUCCUCGAGAUGA